AUGGACGCAAAGUUCCUCGCCGCUUCCCAGAAGCACCCCAUCCUCGAGGGCCAUACCUUCAAGUAUGGCACUGCGGGGUUUCGCAUGAACUCUGACCUCCUCGAUGGCGUGACCUUCCGUGUCGGUCUGCUCGCCGGCCUUCGCAGCCGCAAGCUCGGUGCCACCAUUGGCGUCAUGGUCACGGCGAGUCACAACCCGGCCGAGGACAACGGCGUCAAGGUCGUGGACCCCCAGGGUGACAUGCUCGAGCAAGACUGGGAGGCCCAUGCUACGCAGCUCGUCAACAGCAAGUCCCACGAGGCCCUGCUCGAAACAUACAAGGAGCUCGCCGCCAAGCUCAAGAUCGACCUCUCCGCCACGGGCCGCGUUGUCUUUGGUCGUGACACCCGUCCCUCCGGCCACAAGCUUGCCAUUGCGCUGGCCGACUCGCUCGACGCCACCGACGUCGGAUACACCGACUACAAGAUCCUCACGACCCCCCAACUCCACUACCUCACCCGCGCCAUCAACACCCAGGGCACGCCCCAGGCCUAUGGCAAGGUCAGCGAGGUCGGAUAUCACGAGAAGUUUGCCGAGGCCUUUGUCAAGGCUCUGAGGGGUCGCAAGGUCCAGGGCCAGCUGACGGUCGACUGCUCCAACGGCGUUGGUGGUCCCAAGCUGGUCGAUUUCCUGAAAUACGUGCCCAAGGACGUCACGGGCUUCGAUGUCAAGGUUGUCAACGAUGACGUCCUUCGUCCUGAGGUGCUGAACCUCGACUCCGGCGCCGACUACGUCAAGACCAAGCAGAGGGCCCCUCCCUCGCCCAAGCCCGUCCCCGGCGCCCGUUGCUGUUCGUUUGACGGUGACGCCGACCGCCUCAUCUACUACUGGACCGACCCCGACACGGGCUUCUUCAUGCUCGACGGCGACAGGAUAUCGUCCCUGGCCGCCUCCUUCAUCGCCGACCUCGUCCGCUCCGCAGGCCUGACCGACCUCCGCAUCGGCGUCGUCCAGACCGCCUACGCCAACGGCGCCAGCACAAACUACAUUGAGAAGCACCUCCAGCUGCCUGUCGUCUGCACGCCGACUGGCGUGAAGCACCUGCACCACGCCGCGCUCAAGUUCGACGUCGGCUGCUACUUUGAAGCCAACGGCCACGGCACCGUCCUCUUCAGCAACGACGCCCGCCGCGCCUUCCGCGAGACGCAGCCCCAGUCACCCGCCCAGAAGGACGCCCUCGAGACCCUCGCCGCCGUCAGCGAUCUCGUCAACCAGACCGUCGGUGACGCUCUCACCGACAUGCUCCUCAUCGAGGUCAUCCUCGCUCACAAGAAGUGGACCCUCAAGGACUGGGCCACGACCUACACCGACCUCCCCAACCGCCUCGUCAAGGUCGAGGUCGCCAACAAGGACGCCUUCACCACCUACGACGCCGAGCGCCGCCUCGAGACCCCCGCCGGCCUCCAGGACAAGAUUGACGAGUGCGUCCGCAAGUACACGAGCGGCCGCUCCUUUGCGCGCGCCUCCGGCACCGAGAACGCCUGCCGCGUCUACGCCGAGGCUGCAUCUCGCUCCGAGGCCGACGAGCUUGCCGCUCGCGUCGCCGAGUACGUCACCCAGUACGGUUCGUAG